CUUUACCGACAAAGUAUCAGCUAUUGCUGUAUCCUUUCUUCAAAUCCGGGCCACUCACUCUGCUUUAGAAAGUUUCAGACAUUUUGCACUUCUGGUCUUUGCAUUCAUGGCUUCCUCCUCCUUUCCCCAAGAAAUUGUAGGAUAUAAAGAGAAAAGGGAAAGAUCUGCUGCAUCUCAAAAACUAUAUGACGCGUUCAUCAGUCACCGAGGCCCUGAUGUAAAAGAUACCCUGGCUCAACAGCUUUAUACACUUCUUCAGGAAAGAGGGUGCAGGGCAUUUCUAGAUCGUGAAGAGAUAGAAGGGGGAGAUUCUAUUCCUUUCGCCAUUAGGAAUGGCAUAUGCUCAUCUGUUGUGCAAAUUGCCAUUUUUUCCAAAAGAUACGCUGAGUCAAAGUGGUGUUUAGAUGAGCUUGUUCUUAUGUUAGCACAAACUGAUGCCCUGUUUAUUCCUGUAUUCUACGAAGUGAAACCUUGGGAGCUUCGGCACACGGAGAAAGGAGUGUAUGCAGCGGCAUUUUCUGAUUAUCGAAGAAAAGAAAGAUACCUGGACAAGCUCGAUGAAUGGAAAAGCGCCCUUGAAUCUGCUGCAGACAUAUCUGGUUAUGAACUUAGCGAGCAUAAAGGCAAUUUGUGUGAAAAAAUUGUAUCCCGUGUGCUGCAAGAAAUGGAAAAAAGAAUACCGUUACAUGUUGCGAAGUAUCCGGUUGGACUUGCUGAACUAGUCCAGGAUUUUGAAAGUUCCUGUUUAAAGACAAUGAGGGACAAGGUCACUAUGGUAGGGAUCUUUGGACUGGGGGGCUCUGGAAAAACCACACUGGCAAAAGAACUGUAUAACAGGAAGCGUUCACGCUAUAGUGCAUCUUGUUUUCUCUCUGAUGUAAGAGAAUUGCAUGCCAGUCUUGAUUUGAAUUCCUUGCAAAGCCAGCUCUUCAAAGAUCUAUUCAAUGAAAAUCGAGUAUUUAGGAAUGUGGAUGAAGGAACAGGACAGCUGAAGCAUCGUCUAGGAAGGGCAAGGCAUUUGGAUUUCCUUAUAGUCCUCGAUGAUAUCGAUCAUCUAGACCAGUUAGAUGCCCUGUUACCUGAAGCUAUGCUAAGUUCUGGUAGCCUAGUACUUAUUACCACCCGCGACCAAGGUGUGUUAACAGGAGCAAAUAUUAAUAUCCGUUAUAGGAUGAAGGAAAUGGAUAGAGAUCAUGCCAAUGAGCUCUUCUGUAGCCAUGCCUUCCGUGGACUAGAUCCACCUCUUGCAUAUAAAACAUUAGUUGAAAGCUUCGUGGAAUUUUGUGGAGGUUUACCCCGGUCACUCAAAGUUUUGGGUGCCCAUGUUUAUGGUAGGGAUGAGUAUUAUUGGAAGUUGCAAUUGGAAAAGGUUAAGACUAUCCAGCCUAAGGAUAUAAUGCAGAGUCUUAAAAUCAGCUUUGAUGGUCUGGACAAUCAUGAGAAACAGAUAUUUAUUGAUAUUGCUUGUUUAUUCAAUAAGAAAGAAAUACAGUAUAUUAUAAGGAUAGCUAUAUCAAUUUGGAAUGGAUCUAGUUGGAGCGCUGAACAUGCAGUUCAAACCCUGCAAGAUAAGUGUCUAGUUGAAGUGACUGUCAAGCAACCGCAUUUUCAAAUGCACGAUCACCUUCGCGAUCUGGGAAGACAAAUGGCAGAUGAGUUGGGUCCUCCUCGACUCUGGAGACCAGACAUUCUUAGAUCUAUGGAAGCAAAGGGAUUUAGGCAAAUCCUAGCGGAAACGAAGGGCAGAUGCCUCCAUUCGUUUGAGGACUCGUUCCUCAAAACCAAAAUUUCUUAUUUUAUAGGCAGCUCAAAUGGCUCUGCUGAGACGGAACUUCUAUGGCUUCGUGUUGGCAAAUUAAAAAGCAUUCCAUCUUGGAUUCCUGUACAAAAAUUACACUGCUUAUCUCUUACCAGCGUGGAAGAAUUGUGGAGCACUUCUCAACAACAGUUGCAGAUCAAUACCCAGGCCAGUUUCCAGUUGAGAAUCCUGAAUAUUUAUUGUUCUCCCUCGUUGCAAAAUCUUCCGGUUAUAAUAGAAAAGUUAUAUCAGUUGGAAGAAUUACGUAUAAUCAGAUCCUUGGAGAAGACUGAUAUAACAUCCUUCGUAGAAUCACUUAAGCAACUUAGUAAUCUUAGAUCAUUGCAGUUGUCGAAUGGCGGCGGUUCCUUUAGUGGGGAUUUGAUUCUGAGCAAAGGUAGAGAUCCAACAAAUUUUGAGGCUUCUACAAGCAGCCGCAUGAAAAGCCUCGAAACCAUAAAUUUCCACAGAUUAGGUAAUAUAUCAAUGCUGCCAAUCAGUGGAAACAUUUGUCCCAGACUUCGAUCACUGGAAGUUUUAGCAAUGAGGAAUCUAAAUGAAAUGGACUUACAGAAGCUAGAGAGACUGAACAGUCUUAGAGUGGAUCAUUGUCUCAAAUUGGAAUCAAUUUCAGGGUUAUCUUCUCUAACAGGGCUUCGAGUGUUAUACACCAUGGAAUGUGAAAGGUUGAGAUCAUUACCGAACCUUGCAAAUCUAUGUCACCUGGAGCGAAUCGCGAUUGUCGAAUGUUAUCAAAUGCAGAGUGUACAAGCUGUGGAAGAGUUGCAGGGAUUAAAGAGUUUGGAAAUUGGAGCGCGCGACAAGGGAGAUGCAAGUGUAUUUAAUUGCAUUUUUGCCCUGAAGAGGCUGCCAUCAGAGCAUAUCAUUUUGAGAGGGAAGCCAGUGGAGAGAGCAUCUUCCAGAUUAAAUGUAAAUUUGUUUUCUGAGGUGAUUGGCGUCGAAGCAGUUGGUGAGAUAAAGAGUGGAGAGUAUAAUAUGUUGGAGAUGAGAAGCUCAUCGAGUGCAAUUACUAUGUAUGCUUUGCUUGUAACGUCUAAUGGUGGUUACAUAAAAGUUGAACCCAGAGUAACCCAUUUGCAUUUCUUGCCAUCUGGAGGCGAGUGGAUGAUUACAGUUUUAGUAACCCCGCAUGAUAGCCAUGGUAGCCUAAAUCGUGUGACAGUACAUGAAGGGUUUAAAGCCACAGUGAAUGAAGGGGAAGAAGAGAAAGCAUUAACUGUAUUGCAAAGGAUUGUUGAUCGAUUAUAUGGACGAAGUAUAGUACCAAAUUUGGCGGCAUAUGACGUGGUAAAACGUAAGCGAAAGAGGUAGUAGUAUAGGAGUGUGAGUAAUUGGGCUAUGUACGGUUGAAAAGCUUUUCUGAUAAUGCUCUUAUUUUUUCAAUAAAAAAAUUAGCGUAUUUAUGUUUUCUUA